GGCAAGUAUUUGAAGCUGGCGGAAUUUUUGAGUGUUAUCUAAGACUGCACGUUGUUGGGCUGUACAACUAUAUUAAGUUGGCGGUCCAAAAUGCAGCCGAUUUGAACUUAAACCGUAUUAGAUGUAGUCGCUUUUCUUAUGAAUUCCCUGUGCUCCAUCCACUGGCGUUGAGUGGCAACACGACUUCGAAAAAUGUUAAUAACCAAUGUGGCUAAUUUUUGUGUUUUGGGGAAAUUUUUGCGAAGCCGAUAUAGAAAACUGUGGGGAAAUGGCACAAAACCUCAGAAGUUUCGGCAACUUUUGAGAAACCCAUUUGCGUUCUGUGAUCAGACCCAAUUGUUUUUUGGCAUGUUAAUUGCAUUCUGACGAUUUCGGGUUAUCCCCAUUACUGCAUUCGGAAAACCACAAGAUCGUCAGUAGUACAAGAAACCCAAUCAACUUAGUAAAAGAUUCAUUUCUUAAAAGAUCUGCCAUGUCAUAUGCUUCAGCGGUCGAUAUUUCAAAAGUUUCUGACCCAUCGUUUGAUCAGGGUGCUCAUGAAAAUAUAUUCGCUCUAGACAUCGGUGGUUCACUUGCGAAAUUAGUAUACAAACGCGUCUUCCGGUAUAGACGUUCUAUACCCCAGCAAUGUCGUAAAAGUGUCAGUGAAAAUGAAAUACCUUUUGACUUUUAUGAGUACACAGAACACGAAGACGAAGGACAAAAACUAUGUUUCAUGAAAUUCGAAACUAAGAACAUAGAAGAAUGUUUGGAUUUCAUUCUUUUUAACAUAACACAUCAAGGUGCUUCAUCCAAAAAAACAAUUAGUAAGAUCAAGGUGACUGGUGGGGGUGCUUAUCGCUAUCGUGAACUAAUUUGUUCGAAGUUGGGAGUUGAAUUGGAUAAAGAAGAUGAAAUGGAUUGUCUUGUAAGAGGAUGUGUAUUUAUGCUUCGAAACAUCCCAGAUGAGUUAUUUUAUUAUGACAAACAUGCUACUCCAGCUCAUGUCUUUGUUCCAAAUUGCUUGGUGAGUACGUUCCCUUUCCUUUUGGUCAAUGUUGGGUCUGGCGUUAGUUUCUUGAAAGUUAAAAGUCCCACGUCUUACCAAAGGGUUGGUGGAACGUCUAUUGGGGGUGGCACUUUUUGGGGUUUAGGAACGCUGUUAUCUGGAGGAAAGUUUACUUUCGAUGAGCUUCUGGAAAUGGCGGAUUCCGGUGACCACCGCAAUGUUGACAUGUUGGUACGCGAUAUAUAUGGAGGUGCGUAUGAAACACUUGGACUUUCUGGGGAUGUAAUUGCGAGCUCAUUUGGUUUAGCCGCCCGUCAUCCGGAACAACCUCGUGUGUUAGGUGAUAUGGUGAAAUCCCUACUAAUUACAGUUAGCAAUAAUAUAGGUCAAUUGGCUUGUCUAUAUGCUAAACAGCAUAGCCUUACACGAAUUAUUUUUGGUGGAUAUUUUAUUCGGGGACAUGGGUUAACAAUGGAAGUAAUUACUUAUGCCGUUCGGUUUUGGUCAGGCGGAGAAUACAAAGCCUUAUUUUUACGGCAUGAAGGGUAUUUAGGGGCAGUAGGUGCAUUUCUGAAAACUUGUAAGAAUAAUAAUUCAACGGAACGAAAAGCACUUUGGUCUGAGAACUAUGUAGUUAGCUCGAGUAAUACUCCUUUCUCUGAUAAUCCGUUUGAAUCAAAACCAUAUGCGACCAAUCACAGUAAAGGAGAAACAGAUUUCAGUAAAGUUCCUCCCCAUGAUCUGUCAAUUGUGAAUUCUUCAGUUGGUAAAGUACCGAAUCCAAAACACUUAAUAAUCGCUCAAAAAGCAGAAGAAAGCAAGUCUACUUUAAAGAGUUCUUCAAAGUCUACGUCACAGAAACACGAAAUUUCAAAACUGCCUAACUUUGAACUCGAUCGUGUAUUUACACAUUCUCUAGAAAUGUUUCAUUUUCUAGAGUCACCCGCAAAUUAUUCACCAGAUACAUGGGAUCUAACUCACGAUGAAGAAGCCAGGAUUUAUUGGUUAGGUUGUUUCGAAAGCUGUAUAGAAUAUCACAGAGCAAAAGCUGAAGAAAGUCAAUCUGACACAUUAUCAGAUGCCUCUGACCGUUCACAUCAGUUCGCUGAACGAUAUAAACGAUUCCUACGUGAAUUGAGUGCUGAUCCAAGUGGUCGUGGAGUGCUCACUGUAAGAUGCCUUUUAUCCGCUCAACAGCAUUUCUUACGUGAAUAUGGAUUUGGAGAUGUCUUUUGUUUACAGAAAAGAGUAAGCAGAAAAUUUUAAUAAGAUGUAAGAAAACUCGUUAACAUAGGAGCUUCGUUACUCGUCUUUCAAUCAUUGACUACCAUUGUCCACUGUCAAACACUAAUAUGAGUCUCACCGUCUGACUCAUAGACAUGUAAUUUGGCUGUUCAGUUGCGUUAAACAUUUCUAAUUCUUCAUAUAUAAUAAAAUAUUCAUCUUAUAAUAUUAAAAGGACAUUAAAAGUUCGUUUUUGUUUUGUUUUGAAAGUUUGAAAAUCGAGGUGCUCUUUCUUCUCUUAUGGAUCGAUUAAGUGAACUUUCUAAAUUGGAUUGGUCUAAUCGUCAACUGUCUUUGAUUGAAGGUCUUUUGGCUGGUAAUAUGUUUGAUUGGGGUGCAGCUGAGGCAAUUCAAUUCCUAAAGGAAGCUCCAAAGAAUAAAUUUGGUGCCGCUGACUUUCAUGUUAUAUUAGAUAAAGUUCAGUCUAGACCUUGGUUAGUUGACAAUUUUGAUAAUUGGAUUGAUCGAAUCAGCGUGUCCGGAUCACCUUAUCGUUGUAUUUUAAUUUUCUGCGAUAAUAGUGGUGCAGACAUUAUACUUGGUGUACUACCAUUUGCUAUGGAAUUUCUAAAUCGUGGAUGUAAAGUAAUAAUGGCGGCUAAUUCAAGUCCUGCUAUCAAUGAUAUAACUUAUCAAGAAUUGGAACUACUCCUACACAUGAUAGCAUCUUUUGAGCCUUUAAUAGCUGAAUCUCUUAAUAAUGGACAACUUAUGUUAGCUGAAAAUGGCCAAACUUCACCUUGUCUAGAUUUUCGUCUAAUUGCUAGCUCGUUGGUUCAGUUGGCAGAACGUGAACAGGUCGACUUGAUUGUCAUUGAAGGUAUGGGUCGAGCAAUUCAUUGUAAUUUAAAUGCAAAAUUCACCGUGGAUACACUCAAAAUAGCUGUGAUUAAAAAUUCUUGGCUUGCCCGAAGGUUAGGCGGUCAGCUAUAUGGUGUGAUAUUUAAAUUUGAACCUGUUUCACAGUCAAGAUAAUAAUCUGAAAAUUAUGUAAAUUGUUGUUGUAUCAAGAGAGUUGUUUACAUGAAUUAAUUAAUUGAUUCCAUAUAGUAUUAAAAAUGUAUCUAGCUCAGUUGCUGAACAAUACCUUCAUUUCUUAUAUUCCUUGCUUCUUGUUACUGUAAAUCAUGCCAUACACUACUACUUACUUAUUGUUAAAUACUUCUUCCGGAACAUUCCUUCACAAAUAUUUGACAUCUAACUAAUUUUUUCUGCAAAUUACUAUCAAAGUAUACACUAGUUUCUUUCUAUUCAUCUUUAUUAUUAUUAUUAUUAUUUCUAUAUAAUUGUAAUAAUGUUACAUGAAAACAUUUCAGAUUAAUCAAAUAUUGGCUGUAAAAUUAUUUGAUUUCUUUGUGAUGUAUUCUGUUAGUAAUAAUUAUUUGAUGAUUGAUAAUGUGUUUCAAUCUUAUCUUUGUUGCCAUGGUUGUUAUCUUUGAUAUUGUCAUCAUUGUUUACCAUCGACUUUUCUCGUGUGUUUUUUCUCAUUGUAAUAGUUAUAUUUUUCUCUUCCAACUUUGUAUAGAUUUGCUGUCCUUUAAUAUUAGACUUGGGAUUAAAUGUAUUUCUUAAUUAACAUGUAAACAUUCUGUGCAAAACUCAUUAUUCAAUAUAAUUUUAGUAUAUUUCAAAAUUUCUAGUCUUUUCACUAUUUUUAAAAUACAAUCUACUUUCAAUGUUUUUAAGUAGUCUUUCUACUAGUGAUAUUCUUUCUUUAUUACGCAUCUAUUUAAUUGUGUUUUCUUUUUUUAUGUAUAUUAUUCUCAUCUAGUCCUAUUAUUAAUCAUCUCAAAAAGGAUUUUAGUUUGUUUAGUAACUAAAUUUUUUUAAAAAUGAACGUCAAUUAAGUUGUGUUCUGUGAAUUUGUUCACUUAGUUACUGUGUCAAUUUAUUUUCAAGCAAUACCUUUUUUGUUAAUUGAGAAGGGAAAAAUUGACGUUUGUCCCUUUUUUUAAUAACAAAACAUUUAUCGCAUGAAGUAGCCAUUUUUUAAAAAAAAAGCAACGUAUCAGUAUUUGUAAAAUGUAUCAAUGAUGUUCUUAAUUUCAAAUACACUUUGGAUAAUAUAU